GGGCGCUUAUGUUUACCUCCCCGAAGUCUGGACUGUGGAUAGGGAUAGCAGCAAAACCCACAAUUCAGACACAGCUAAGAAAACUAUUCCGGAAAUGCCAAUGCAACAUUUUCCUUAUUGAAUCCUACACGGGGUUUAUACAGAGUCCUACAGCGUUGAAACAGGAGCGAAGGUCAGAUGAAUAAGGACAUGUCUUCGCGGGUGGUGAAGAAGAGGCAGGCGGACCCCAAAGUGGUCCAGUACGUGUGGGCAGCCAUAGAAGUCAUUCGCAAUCAGAAACAGAUCGCCAACAUGGACAGAAUUUCAAAGUACCUGAGCCGGGUGUUCGGCAUGCACCCGAAGGAGACAGCACGCCAGCUGAGUCUGGCUGUGAAGGACGGGCUGGUGGUGGAGACGCUCACCGUGGGCUGCAAGGGUUCGAAGGCCGGCAUUGAGCAGGAGGGCUACUGGCUGCCGGGAGACGAGAUGGAGCAGAAGGCAGAAGGCAGUAAGGACUGGGAGACGGAGAGCCACGACUGGUACUGCUUCGAGUGCCACCUUCCGGGCGACGUGCUGACCUGCGACGGCUGCUUCCGCGUCUACCACCUCAAGUGCCUGCCGGAGGAGCACAAGCCCCGGGACAGCGCCCCCCACUGGCAGUGCGUGGUGUGCAAGGGCAGUAAAAAGAAGAAUUUGAGCAAGCAGGAAAUGAGCAAAUACCUGCGGUUCAUCGUACAGCGCAUGAAAGAAAGGGCCAUAGACCUGAACAAAAAGGGCAAAGACACCAAGCACCCGAUGUACAAGAGGCUGAUUCACACGGCGCUGGAUGUCUCGAACAUACAGGAGAACCUCAGCGAGGGAAAAUACAAGAGCCUGGACGAGUUCAAAGCAGACGCGCAGCUGAUCGUGCAUAACACGGCCAUUUUGUUCGGAGUGCACAGUGAUCAAGCUGAAAUUGCGAGAUUGCUCUACAGUGAUACAUGCCAUGAGCUGAAUGAGCUGCAGCUGUGUAGAAACUGCUUCUACCUGUCAAACGCGCGGCCGGACAACUGGUUCAGCUACCCCUGUGUGCCCAGCCACGAGGUGGUGUGGGCCAAGAUGAAGGGCUUCGGCUACUGGCCAGCCAAGGUCCUGCAGAGGGAGGACAACCAGGUGGACGUCCGGUUCUUCGGCCACCAGCAUCAGAGAGCGUGGAUCCCCGCGGAUAAUAUCCAGGACAUCUCUGUGAGCGUGCAGCAGCUGCAGGUGAAGCGCAGCAUGGGCUGGAAGAAGGCCUGCGAGGAGCUGGAGCUGCACCAGCGCUUCCUGCGGGAGGGCCGCUUCUGGAAGGGCCGGGCGGAGGAGAGGCACGAGGAGGAGCCGGAGUCCAGCAUCUCCUCCACCAGCAACGAGCAGCUGAAGGUGAACCAGGAGCCCAAAGCCAAGAAAGGCCGGCGCAGUCAGCCCACAGAACCCAAAGAGGAGGAGCCGGAGCCGGAGGUGGAAGCGGUCAGCUCCAGCCAGGAGAUCCCCACCACACCCCACCAGGCCGAGAAGUUCUCCGUUGCCACCCAGACCAAAAAAGCCAGCGCCUCCUCGCCCCGGACGCUGCACCGGAGCACCCAGACCAGCAACGACGGGGCCUGCCAGAACAUGUGCCACGAGAAGUACACCAAGAUCUUCAACGACGUCAAGGAGAUGAUGAAGGCCGACAACAAGCGCGAGACCGAGAGGGCGGUCAGGGAGGCGCUGGAGAAGCUGCGCUCGGAGAUGGAGGAGGAGAAGAGGCAGGCCCUCAGCAAGGCCGUGGCCAACGUCCAGGUGGAGAUGGAGCGCAAAUGCAAGCAGGUGAAGGAGAAGUGCAAGGAGGAGCUGGUGGAGGAGGUGAAGAAGAUGGUGGGCCAGCACAAGCAGCUCAUCUCCCAGACCAAGAAGAAGCAGUGGUGCUAUAACUGCGAGGAGGAGGCCAUGUACCACUGCUGCUGGAACACCUCCUACUGCUCCAUCAAGUGCCAGCAGGAGCACUGGCACGCCGACCACAAGCGCACCUGCCGCCGGAAGAGAUGAAGGCCCCGCCCACACGCCCCGCCCUCCUGUCCUGUCCCGACCACGCCCACAGCCACGCCCAUGCCUCAUCCACACCAGCCUUCAGAAAACCCUUCGUGGGGCCAGGACUGCGUAGUGCACAGAGCAGUGGCGUAUGCGUGCGCUCUGUCUUUCGCUCUCUCUCUCCCUCUC